AUGGCAAAGAAGCAGGGUGGGGUUAACACGAAGGUGGAGGCUGCCAAGGCCAAAAAGGCGUCCGGUAAGGCUGUGAAGGACGCCGCCAAGGCCGCUGCAGAUGCAGCAGCCGAGGCAGCAGAAUGGAGCAAAGGAUCUGAUGUUCGAGCCGACAAACGUCGCCAAGAGGAGGAGCGCAAGCGCGCCGAGCAGGAAGCCAAGAAGGCCGAGAAACAGAAGCUGCUUGCACUGGAAGAGCACGCUUUAAAUGAGGACAAGCAUGCUAUUCGUAAGCAGAAGAAGGCGAUAAAAGAAGUAGCUAAACCCUGGGAAGAGGCACUGAAGCCUGCAGCUAAGAAAAAUAACCGUGGUUCGAAGAAACUUUCGGGCUUUGGGGCGUUUCAGACUGACGACGCUAAUGUACAACUUACGCAAGCUGAGAUGGCUGCGCUUCGAGAGGCUGAAACGGCUCGCAUGGCUGGUAAACCGGGUAAGAAGGCCAUUAAGUUUGAAAAUACUUUUCAGGCCAAUAGAAAUCGGGAAUUGGACGAGUCAACGGAGGCGCGCAGUCUAGAUGCAGCGCUAGAAUUGCUUAGUGUGGGUGAUAAAGAGAUUGAGAAACAUCCGGAGCGCAGAGCAAAGGCUGCUUACAAGGCUUUCGAGGAGGUCAUGCUACCUCAAAUAAAGGAAGACUAUCCAGGACUAAAGCUGUCGCAGUAUAAGCACAAGCUGAGUGAAAUGUGGCGCCGCUCUCCAGAGAACCCACUAAAUCAGGAAAGCUUGGCCUAUAAUGCUAAGAAGUAG